AUGUCCGACUGUCACAACAAUAUCGGAUCUCGUGAUGAGACCAGCAGCAACACAGACCAUACACAGCAAACGCUUCAGAAUUCGUUUAGUUUCUCCCAAAAUGACGCUAAUCUCUCCGACGCGACCGUGAUAGAUAUCACGAAUAUUGCGUCUGGUUAUCGCGGUUUGGAUCCUCAAGUGCGCAAGCGCAACAUGGAAGACACUGGAAAGCUUCUAACUGCCGCCGAUACCGGCUUGACACAGGUGGUCGAGACCGAGAACACAACCGUGGGGGCAUAUCUGCAACCUCACCGGCCUUUGAAGAAACGCAACACUACCAUGAUACCCUAUAGUGCUAUUACAUCCACCAAUACAAGCGUUUCUGACGAUUCUGCUCUGGUGGCUGUCGCAGACGAUACACAGCAACUGCCUCUUCCGUCUCCCAGCGCUUCUCCAAUACCCGAUGACGAGAACCAAAUGGAUCUGGAAGGAGAAGAGGGAACAAAAAAUGUUCCACAGGGUUACAGACACUUGAUUUCUUUGCCCAAGUGCGAGAAUGACCUGAUCGAUAUGAUAGCAAAGCUUGUGGAGUUGCUGCCCGAGAAUGCGGAUUACAAGAAGCGGUUGAUAUGGAGAAUGCUUCAGCAGACAGAUAGGCCGACGCUUUCUCUCUUCAACAACGCCAUCAAGGAGUCACUGAAGUGCGACUUCAUUGCGGGACUACCCUUUGAGAUUACUGCCAAAAUCAUCAGGCGUUUGGACCAUACCAGUCUCUGUCGUGGUUCUGCUGUCUCUUCUAAGUGGAAUUCGUUGUUCACAGAGACGAUGGAUUUCUGGAAGCCUCUGGCUAUACGGGAAAGACUAUUCGCCGAUGAAGAGAGUUUUGAUGCUGAUUGUAUGAUACUGCGGCAAAGGUUCAUUGCCACAUUCGGAUACGAACCCAACUCCAACGAGCUAAGCAAGAUGGCAUACAAGAGACGACUAGUCAUUUUGAGGAGAUGGAUGGACCCCAACUACCAGCCAAAGAGAAUAGCCAUAGAAGGCCACGGCCAGAACGUGGUCACUUGUCUGCAGUUCGACGGCAACAAGGUCAUAACCUCUGCGGAUGACAAGAUGAUCAACCUCUACGAUGUAAAGACAGGGGAGGAAAAGACACAGUUUAAGGGUCACGAAGGAGGAGUUUGGGCCAUGAAGUACAUCGGCAAUACUCUAGUAUCUGGAUCUACUGAUAGAUCUGUUAGGAUCUGGAAUAUCAAGACUGGCAGGUGCACACACGUGUUCCAUGGCCACACUUCCACUGUCAGAUGUGUUGAGAUACUCAUGCCUGUUCAGAUUGGUGUGAGCGACAUGGGCGAACCAGUAAUGUUCCCUCCAGUUCCAUAUCUGGCUACAGGGUCCAGAGACACAACACUCCAGAUCUGGAAACUGCCAUUGGCGGACGAGAAAGACGAUACUGACCCAUCGGUUCCUCCUAUCGAUUCCGACGGAAACGAAGACGAGUUCCUUGUAAUGACUUUGAACGGACACACAGGCUCCAUCCGAUCAAUCAGUGGAUAUGGCAAUAUUGCCAUAACCGGGAGCUAUGACACGACGAUUAGGGUUUGGGACCUCCAGCGUAAAUGCUGCAAGUUCAUUCUGAGAGGGCACACAGACCGGAUCUACUCCGUGAUUCUGGACGUGAAACGGAACAGAUGCAUUUCGGGCUCUAUAGAUUCUACGGUUAGGGUGUGGAAUCUGACCACGGGAGAGCUGAUAUCCAUUUUGCAUGGCCAUCAAUCGCUGGUUGGAUUGAUCAACCUGACAGAAAACUCACUGGUUUCUGCUGGAGCGGACUCCUCUCUCAGAAUCUGGGAUACGGAAACGGGAACCACAAGGCACCUUUUGAAAGGCCACGGUGGACCCAUCACGUGUUUCACAAACGACGACAAUCUGAUUGUCAGUGGAAGUGACAAGAUGCUGAAGUUAUGGAAUGUCCGUACAGGCGAGUUCAUCCGAGAUUUGGCAAAUGAUGAAAACACAGGCCAAAUAUGGCAGGUGAAGACCGACUACCGCAGAUGUGCUGUGUCUCUUCAGAAAGACGACAACACGUUUGUUGAAGUUCUGGACUUUGGAUUUCCAGAGCCAGAUGUGUUUGAAAACAGGUUUCAGGCCAUCGACAAUGGCCUUAACGGCGUGUCUGCGACCAGUACCGGAAUCGAGGACCAAAUAAUGUCUGAUGAGUGGUGA